AUGGGGGCGUCCCAGUCGCUGGACGCGCUCUUCGGGUCGCCCAACUUCCAGAGCGACUCGGAGCAGGCCGAUGUGUACCAGUACCUGCGUCGCAUGGAGAAGACGCUGUGGCUCUCGGGUCCCUGGUGGGAGCAUGAGCGCGACGUUCUGGAGAUCGAGGCCGCCGACGCCAGAGCGCGCAGUCCCAGUAAGCGCAGCACAACGCCUCGCGACCCGCUCAAGAGGAUGACGCCACACGAGGCUCUGGUGGCCCUCCCUGCCAUGCUGGACGAGAUGUGGGUCUCGCCACUGGUCGCGCUUGUGGAUUGCGUCGACCCAAUUGCAAGGAGUGCGGGGCUUGCACUACUCUCGAGGAUUGUUCAGAGAGAUUCGGUGGCAAAAAUUUUCAUCGCAGUGAGAGGAAUGAACAAGGUCAUGGCGCUCUUGGACAGUCAGGACCAACAGGCGACGUAUCUGGCGUUGGAGGUCAUUUUCGCGCUCUGUGCCGGCAGUCCGAGCGUGAUUCUACCGUUUUGUGAAGCAGGACUUAUCGGACGACUUACCGAAUUGGCAAAAGGGGAGAACUGGGAGCUUGUGUUGGCGUCGCUCAAGGUGCUGCGGCUCACGCUGCGUCAGAAUGCCGUCAAAGCCGAGUUACCAGCAUGUAAACUGCUCUCAGUCUUGAUGGAGCUGGUACAUUCCCCCCACGCUGCCAUCGCCAAAACCGCCAUCACAUGUAUCGGUUUAUCGCUCCCCAACGCUGAAAACUUGGCGGAGAUCUUGCGUCUCGGGUGCAUCGACAUUUUCCUGCGUCUCAUGACGCCCUCGAACGCCAACGCCGACGCUGUCAUCUUCGCGCUGUCGCUGAUCGCCGACGAGACGGAUACAAUUUUCCCGCGUGAACAGACCACCACCACACUUGGCCGCAUGCUCGAGACUCUGCGAGGUGCAGCUAAACGGUCACCAUCCGCAAGUGCUACGAGCUUCCUGUUCGCGAGUCUCGCCAAGUCCAGUAUUUUCCACAUCGCUAUCUGUACCGAGACGAACCUCGGAAUUCUAGCCAAGCUGCUGGUUGGAGGCUCACCGGAGGUGUUGGGGUCAACUGCCUAUGCGCUGGGCAUCGUAGCGAUACAUGCGAACGACCGCGUACGGCAGAUUUUGUUCCAAGUUGACGCACCUCAGAACCUCAUGCAGUUGGUGAUCUUGUCGCUCGCUACGGCAGGUCCUGGGCGAGACGAAAGGGUAGCACGGCUGGCAAUAUUCGCUUUGGGGACGGUCACUAGUGAGGCGUUGGUGUCUCGGACCGGUACACUAGUACGACCAGAACUCCUGUUGCCGUCUUCUGGAGCGUCCGAACCCCUGCGUAUCAGUACGAUCGCAAGCUGUGGGAAUAUGCAGGGAGCCGACUUCUUGCCUCACGUGUACGCUCGAGCAAUUACCCGACGUGGAGCAGGGUCCACUUAUGCAUUGAAGUUGCUGGCCGCGCUCAGUACAGCUCCUCAUGUUAAGGAGCACAUGUGCGAGGCUACGAGUGUGUCCAUUAUGCUGGAGUAUCUGCGCGGUGCAAGCGCAGUGUUUCUGCCGAGCUUGUUGGUGCUCUUCCUCGAGUGCUGUAGCUGCGACCAUGACUGCGCUUGUGGAGAAAUCGCGUCCCAGGAUGAAGUCGAAGUGCCUGGAAGCAGUUUGGCGUUCAGUAAGCUCGUGGAGAGCACGCCUGAUGCGAUGCAGAUACUCGGUGCAUUGUUCCAGAACCACCAGCCCGAGCAUCUCUUCGGUCUCGCGCCGCUACUGGGCGCUUUAGCUGCGCACUCGGCACUGCUAAGUGAACACAUGAGCUCGUCAACUUUCUUCGUGGACCAGGCGCUGAGUAUCGCCACGCGACUGAACCAUGAGGCACUGCAUGAGCAAGUGUUGAAGUUCCUGGAUGGACUCACAGCACACAAGAACACGCGCGCGUUGGAACAGCUCUUUGCCAGUGAUCCAGACCGCAUCGCCAAUCUGCUUCAAGCUUCGCUGAGUACACGAGUGCAGCUGCUGGCAGCUACGCUACUGCGUAGACUGUUUAAGCGGUUGAACUUGCUUGAUGUUCCUUCACGAGCAGCUCAGCGUCAUUUGGCGAAGCUGUUAGCAGCGUCAAGCGGCGAUCUCCUCGUAGCUGUCGCCGCAUGUCGAGUCUGGGGCAACUUGUUCCAGUACGAAGACAAACGACUCGCUUUCGCGCAGAUUCCAGACUCGGUGUCGGGUCUUCUCCAGUUACUGCAGCGGUGUAUCGGCAGCCAACCGGCCGACGAUGCGCCGUUGACAGCUAUGAUUCAAGUAUCAGCUAACAGCUCUCAAGGCUUGGAAGUGCAGGAGAAGCGGUCCGUCCCACCAGGUCUAAAGCCGCUGUACUGGGUCAUCCGAAGUACGUUCCGAACCGCGUACUGUGAGAUCACCAAGCAGUCUAUCGUGGCCGCGCCGCAUUUCUUGAGUAUCGUGGCGUUAUUCCCCCACGCGUGUGACCCCAUCGCGCGGCUCGCUAUCGACACCAUGAGCGAGCUCGCGCGCGCAAAGACGCCGGGUCUGCGCCGCGCGUUGGCUGUACCAACGGUGCUCAACAGUAUCCAGGAUCUGCUUCGUGAUCGCGAGCGCGCGUCCACUGGAUUAGGUGUACUGCCUCAACGUCACGUGCUUCGCUUCCUAGGACUUCUCGCUCGAAAAGAUGCCGCGAUCCAGCACUUCGUCGUCGAAAGUCGGUUGCUGGAGGCACUGUUGCUGCUGAUGCACUCGCCAUCGACCGCGCUUAAUGCAGAGCUGCUUGCUGAGGCGCUCGAUGCUCUGGCGUGGGUAUGCAGCGCUGCUCGCUCACCCACCGACAUCCAGGCGCAAGCUGAAAUCGAGGACGAGACGGAGAUUGAAAACUCGGUUGAAGGUGAGGCACCUGCGAGACGCGUUGUGGCCACGGCCAAGAUGGUGGACUUCUCGCUGCGUCACGCUGACUCAGCAAUAGCCCCCGUGGCCCGUGCGAGUCUUCAUCUACUGCAGCGUCUCGCCUGCGAGCAGCCUGUAGUGCCGCGGUGUGUGUUCGACGCUAACGGAGCUUCGGUGGUGAUGCGAGCGCUGCAGCAACGACCCGAGCAUGAAGUUCGACGGCGCGCGAGUGGACUGGUUCGCCAUCUCGUGCAUAAGCAUGAUGGGAAUCGCCAACAAUUCCAGGAACUAGGUGCUACAAGUUUCCUCGUGGCGUUGAUCAAGGGUCUUCAGGCGCUUGCAGCACUGUGCGAAGGUUCUGGCUCAGCAGCACGCGCGUCCAAGAAGGAGCUGCUGGAAUGCGAUCAAUCUGCUGAGCUUGUACGACUCGUUAGUGUCAAUGACACCCAAGAUGAGAGGUUUUGUGCAGCGUGGACUCGCGCGCUUGCCAUGGGAGCGUAUGCGAGUAGUACAAACCAACGCCGACUGGUAUCAGCUGGGAUCGUCCCGCUGCUCACGAAGUUACUGCGUCACCCAAGCGGACGCGUGCGUGUUCCAACUGCGCAGCUACUUGCCUACUUGGCGGAAGCGCCUGAGAACCGUGGCAUUAUCUUGAACGAGGGUGGAGAAGCCCUCCUUGCUGCAGUUAUCGCUGGCCUGCAGUCGGAACUUCCAGGCCUGCAGCGCUACACGGCGCUCUUUGUGGCGAAUGCAGCUACCCGGCACGAAGGCAACAAAGUCCGCUUGGGAGCUACGGGCGCUGCCGCGCCGCUUGUGGAUCGCUUGUCGUCACAGCGACGUCAUGUACUGGAGAACGUUCUACUUGCAGUGGUGAAGCUCGGCUCGCACGCCGGUAACAAGGUCAAACUCGGUGGUAAAGUGUGCUUCGAGAAGCUUUUAUCUCUCGUUCACCACGAAACACUAGGCGUCGCCAAGGGCGCGGCUCGAGCGCUGGCGGUGUUGGUCGUGGGCAACGACGCCAACAAGAAGUUCCUCCUCCAGUGUGAAGCUCCCGUUGUCGCUGAGCUUAGCGCUCUGCUGAAAGGUUCAAACGGUACUAUAGUGGAGAGUGCUAUGCUCGUACUGGGAGAGCUCGCUCCGAUGCCAGCACAAGCCCUCGAACUAUCGCGGUGCGUUGACGUGCUAUCCGUCGUGAGGCUCCUCACUCACAUCAACCCUCGCAUCGCACGAGCAGCGCUGAUGGUAGUGCGUCACCUCACCCGCGAGUCGUUCAACAAGACGCGCUUCGGUCUGCGCGAGUGUGUGGAAGCUCUCCUAGCACGACUGCGAGUGGGACUCGGGGGUACCAGUGGAGCUGACGAGCUGGAGAUGGUGGAGUUGACUAUCACGUGUCUCGUGAACUUGUCCUUCGCCUCAAGCAAUGCCUCGCGUAUCGCGGAAGCGAAGGACCAUCGUAGCGGAUCACUACUGCUCCUUCUGCAACUUGCCGCGUCAGCACUGCCCGCCCAGGUUAAGGACUAUCUAUCGGAGAAGGAGAUCGCGCGCUUGAUGUCUUCAGAGGACGUAGAAUCCCCACCAAAAGCUGCAUCGCCUGAUGACGAAGAAAUGUACGAAAGUAUGGCACGGAACUCCCCCAAGAAGAGCGCGGACGCCCGAGGCGGUUCUCCUAGACGGGAGAAGAGCGACGAAGCUCGUGAUGCUGAGGUAGAAUCCCCACCUCAAACGCUGGACUUCAGUGCAUUCCCUAGUGUACAGACCGCAGUGCUGGAGCAAACUUUACUGGUGCUCAGUAACUGCGCGGAUAACUAUCGAUCGGCCAAAGCGGUGGACAUUCUGGCGGUCGCGGUGCUGUGUCAGGCGCUUCUCCACUCGAGUGAACUCGUAGCGCGUUGCGGCUGCUACACGCUGGCGUGCUGGUUGAAGAAGAACAGCACACUACAAGACGCUGCAACACGACGCGGUGCCCUCCAAGCGCUGGCAAAGUUACUGACAUCUACGAGUCUCAUGGUGGUUGAGGCGGCAGCCUACGUGCUCUCCAAGCUCGCAGCGCGCGGUGACAACCCCAUGAAGCUGCUAGCACUUGACGUCCCAGCCACGUUAGUCCACGGAAUCCUACGAAAGCCUGCCAAUGUACCGCACGACCGCGUACUCGAUCGAGCCGUGCGGUUGUUAGGCACUUUGGUCCAGUUCUCACGAGUUCGACAGUCGCUCAAAGGCGAAGAAAUCAUCGCUGAUGUGCUCACGCCGCUGCUGCAGCUCCACCCGCAGACACUAGGUAAGAACCUCAGUCGGCUGGUGCUCGCGCUGCUGGCGGACGACUCGCUCAAGUUUUUCCUGCCCAAGAAGACCGUGUCGCUGCUUCGAGCGUGCUUCGUCCACGAGGCUACCAACGCCAAGACCAUUCGAAACGUCCUGCGCAUAUUCGCGCUGCUUGUCACUGUGGAGGAACACAAAACCACCAUCACGCUUGAAGACUGCGGCGAAGCGCUGGGGCGUAUGGUGCAAGAACUGCGGAUUGAGGAGGGAGUUCUAGGGGAGAAUGACGAGACGGUGCUCGGACUGCUCGCGUGCAUCGCAGGCACGAGGAGAAUCGCGGUUAUCUUGCACGAGAACGACGUGUACGUGAGGUUGCCACCGUACAUUCUCGUUGAUACAACGGUGGAGUUGCGUCGACUUCACACGGUGCAAAUCGCUGCUCGACUGUGCAAGGCUCUGGGUGAUCAAGCAGUCCGUCGUCUGUCUGAAUUGGAGUUUACUAGUCUUCUACUGGAGCUACUGCCACCUCCAGCUUCAGGUAGUCCGACAACGUUGUCGCUGUUGGCGUGGGAGUGCAUCGACGUCUUGCGUCAACUGAGUCCAUGGGGUUAUGACGAGCAGGUCUUCGCAGAGGAAGGUGGCGUCGAGGUGCUGGUUACAUACUUUGAGCUGUGGCUGGAUGUGGCGUCAGGUAAUGCCCCCGACUCGUUCCCGACUGAAGGCGGCGACAACCUCGUGUCGGCGUUUGCAGUCUCUCUCGCUGCGAUUGUUCGUACGCUCUCGGGACAGACCCCGAACCGAGAACUUCUGGUUCAAGGCGGAGGCUUCCCGUUAGUUUUGAAGGCUCUUGGUCUGGGGAGCCUCGAGCUGCCUGAGCCCCAACGUGAACAGCUAGCAGAGGCGCUCGCGGGGCUCACUGCACUGCCGAUAAUGGCGCCAUACUUCGAGGCCUCUCCGGAUCUGGUAGCCCCGUUGUUCCGCUUCAUGGUCGCUCCUCAGACGCAGCAACGAGCGCAUCUGCUGCUACUGGCACUGCGUGCGUUUGCAGAUGUGAUGGAAGUAUCGCCAGCGAGUCGCGCGUUCGUGUUGCUGAUCACCGGCGGGACCAUUCAGCCGUUGCCCUUCCUGUUGUCGUGUCUGGAGUGCUCCACUGUAUCAGCUAGCGACGACAGCGUCUUGAGGCUUCUGCAUACGAUGCGCUCGCUGCAGCGUUUAGUCACGGACGAGGCGAUUGCACGAGCCAUUGCAGCUCUGGACGGCCUCCCUGCUAUCGGGAAGCUGCUGUCUCUAACGCUACCAGCUCUGCCGACUUAUGACGAUCGCUUGGACAUUGUACAGCUCAUGGUGACGGAGACUUUGGGCUACAUGGCGUUCUUCGGCCACGCGCCACGGCUUCGACUUGAACGCUCUGCGAUCGCUCGGCUUCUGGCUCAGGACGACUACGCGAAUAACGAGCGCGUGAAGCCUGAAGGCGUAGCGACCAGCAUCUGGACAUUGGCACUGCUUGCUACGCCACAGGUGCCAAGUGAAGAUGCUGACGUUCGAGCGGAAGUCGUGGCGACAGCUCAAGGCGUGCGUGGUUGGGUGUGGGAAGACACUCGUGGACUUGACGUGCUCAUCCGAUGCGGACUUCGCGCUCCUGACUAUCUGAAUCUGCCGACAUCCGUCACCUCUGAUGUGCUUGCCGUCUUGACAACAGCCACGGAGACUGAGCCCGAAGCAGAGACUGUGCUAUCUCAACUGGUUCAGAAGCAAGUGUGUACCCCUGUUGCUUCGUUGCUGGAGGCUGUGGAGCCUGUGGUUCGCUGUCCGGCGCUGCAACUUCUCGCUCGAACGCUCAACAAGCAGUCGUGGGCAGCGAAUGAGCCUCUGGAGACUGCAAACUCGCCUGGGAAAGAGCGCACAGGGAGCAGAAAUGGAGGAGGCGAAGGCCGAAGUGAGAACUGGAGUGCUGUGCUGCUGCAUCUUGCCGAGUGGAUGCAGGUCUACGCUCAAGACCCGCAGUCCUCUCCACUAAGUGAGCUGCGUGACGCGUACAGCUCGUUGAGCGUCCUGACAGCACACAGCGAGUUGGCAGCGCAGUUUCAGCGAGGAGAGGCGCCUCGCGGUCUCAUCGACCUCGUCGCUACUGCGCUGCAUCACUUCGGCGGGAAGAAAUUGCCCAGCCGUCCUGAAAGCCUCGCGCUCAUUCGCAAGGAGUCUGCGUGCAGUGAAGAGGCCAGCCCCACCAAGACAUCAGACGUGGUGGAGCGUGCUCGAGCCGAUUGGGCGCUGCAGUUUGAGACUGUUCUACCUGCACUACGCGUGUGCCGACGCAUGAUGUCGUUCUCGUCCGAACUCAGUGAGAAGGCCCUCGCACUGCACGUUCCCCGUGCUCUGGACAACUUGGUAUUGCUGCACGACCGCCGGAUACUGGACGAAGUGCUGCGCUGCAUGCUUCAUCUCGCCACGCUACACGGCGAAGACACGGAGCUGCUCUUCUCCUCCGACCGCACGGUGGCUCGACUGAAGGGCUUGCUGCAGACGGAAUCCAGACCUCUUCAGGCUCGUAUCACGCCGAUUUUGGCCCUCAUGGCUGCCAAUAUGCCUACGCUACCGGGUCUGUGCGCUAUGGACGGCAUCCUCAUCCUGGCAGACCUCGCAGUCAGCAGCUCGUCGCUUGAUAUCAUUGUCAAGAACGGUGGCGAUGCUUCUACUCCGCUCAAUCGCCGGGUGUUUGAGGACUCGUGUACGAUGCUGCACGUGCUUUUCUCCCAGGAGGAAGGCAUCAUCCUCGCGUUUGACGUGGCUCAGGUGGUGUCCAAGCUCUUCGGCAUUGUGGAGAACGUGACCACCGCUGUCAUAGCAGCCCUUGACAACGACGCAGAUGAAGCUCCAGAGCUCCUUCACCUGCCACUGAGCGUUCUCGUCAAGGUCUCUGCCGUCGCAGCAGCUCACGUGCGAUACCUGGAGCUGCUGCCACGAAUCUGUCGACUGCUUGAUGGCGAACAUGGUCCUGCUCAGCUCACCGGUCGAUGGUGUGAGAUGCUACUGUCGAUUCUGUACAAUGUCUUCGGCUGUCCGUUUGGCAGCAACGCAGCCGUGUGUAAAGCCUCGACCGACACCUUGGCGCAGGGGAAGCGCACGCUUCUCCCACAGUUGCUGCCUCUCGAGCGGUGGCUAUCUGUGGUUGAUACGUUCCCAGCUUUGGGUCGGUUUGUGAUCGAGUUGAUCCGCGCGUUCGUGGGGAAUGCGGAGAGUUCGUCUCCGUACGCGACGUUGUUCAAUAGCGGUGAAGACAUCCCAGCCCUGCUGAAGCUGGUGGGCUCCUCAAGCGAUGACGUUGCGAUCCCAUCCGCUCAGUUGCUGCUUGCAGUGCUCAAACAGCGCGAAGUGCGCGUCGCGUUGAUCGUCGCGGAUGGCGUCCCGGCGCUUGUGGUGGCUCUGUGUCAGGCCAGAAACGUCAAGGUGCAGAACUUGUUGCUGGCGCUGAUUCUCGACUUGUCCAGAGGCGACACGGAGGUGCAGGCGCUGCUGUUGGUCGCUCCAGGUUGUGUAGCGAGGCUGGUGGAGUUCAUUCAAGAGUGGGUGGACGCUCGCGCUACGGCUGACACGAAGGAGACUGCGGCUGGGCUUGACAAGCGCCUCGCGUUGACCUGUACACUACUGACGGAGCUUUCGCGCGCAUUGCAUGGACCGGAGCGUAUCGUGGAAGUUAAUGGCCACCUCCCACUGCUUGCGUUGAGUAUUCAACAGCAGCAGGACGACGACGUUCAAGGCGCUCAGACAACGAUCCAAAUCCUCACGAACCUCGCGAUCGCUGAUAUGACUGUGGCACCGGGGCUUGCUGCAUCAAAACUACCGGCGCACUUCCUAUCCUGCGUGCUGUCAGACGAGAAAGAAGCGGGUAGAACGAGCCAGAAAAAUGCACUACCGCUCAAACGGCGGCUGGCACUGUCGGGUCUGGUAGCUCUGGCGAAGGCGAACCGUGAACUACGCGCUACUCUCGCACGUAGCGGGCCGCUGGUCGUCCUACUGGAAAGUUUACUACAGAAGCCUGAGGAGGGGCUUAGCGCCAAGCGAGCAGAAGAGUCUUCAAGCAUAUCGCGCGACGCGCUACUGCUGCUUUACCUGAUGAGCACCGCUGGUUGUAUCGAGCUUGUCGGUCACUCUUCGCCCGAGAUAUUGACUCGCAUUUGCAGCGUCGUUAGCCACCACUUGGCUCUCCACCUUGGUCGGAACGGUGACACAGUGCAGGAUGAAGAAGCUACUCCAGUGGAAGUCACGCGGGGCCUUAAGCUGCUCGCCAAUCUGCUGGAUGUGGCGUAUCAACAGGAGAGGAAAAUGUCUUGGCACCCAGAGGAAUUACUGAAACUAGCACCGCUACUCGAGACGCGCGUGGCCACGCACCAAACGCCUAAGCGUCAGCUCCCAGCGCUUCGAGUGAUUCGUGGCGCGUUCUCGUUGAUGUCAGUAGAGGACCCAACGCAGAGUUUCUACUAUCCGUUGUCUCCGAAGCUGCUGGCGGAGCUCCUCACCGUGUUGCUGGUUAGUCCCUCGCGCCAGCAUCACGACAUUGCGGAGAAGAUCAUAGUGAGCGCGUUCCAGAACGACCCGGAGCGCGCGCGUGAGUCUGUGGGCGACAACCAGAUCCUGGAGCAGCUCCUCAUCGUCUUCACCCAACCAGGUAAUGAUGCGGCGCAGCGCACGUCCGACCUGGCGGUCGUCCUCACGCAGGUGCUGUACGUCUCCAUCGCGCGGGGUUUCGUCGUCAGUCAGCGGUUCCUCGCCAAACUGCCAGCUCUGUUAGCGUCGUACGCGCACGAAGCUUUACUCGCCGAGGGAGACGACGUUAACCAGCCUCUGAAGCGGGCGUUGAGCAUCUACCUCAGCUUCGUGCACUCGAGUUGUCCCCCAACGUCCGCCAUGCGCUCGGGAAUCUCCGACAUGCUCCGGUCGGAGGGAGAUUCACGCCGCGCGUUGAUAGUUUUGAUCCACCAGCUUCUGUUGAUCCACCCUGCUCUGUGUCUUACUACGAAUCCGUCUGGAAUCACGCUGAGUCACGAGGACGUCAUACUGUGGACGUGCAUCGUGGAAAGUGUGAGUCCCUUGACUCCAGCUUUGGCAGCACUGUUCACUGCUCAGGUACCGACUACCACUUGGAUGUGUCUGCUUCGAGACUGGUUCAACUGGGUGGGGGCGACCGAGCGGCCUGAGAAUGAACUGCUACGGAAUUCAUGCAGGAUGUUUGGCUUGAGCUCGCAGUGUCUUGCCGUACUUAGCUGUGGAGGUGACGUGCUAGCGCCUCGUGUGAUCGAAGGCGCUCUUCAAGCGUUAAUGGACGUCCGGGAAGCGUGGGGCGACACCUUCGUGCUUACGGGCUGCAGCACGUUUGCGGGAACUACCGCUCUACUGCCAAAGCUACUCCACAUUUUCCGCGUACCAGAGCGGGAGGCCAAUCGAUCCCGUCACUUGGUGCUGCAGUUGCUGCUGCUGCUAGCCAGCACAGGCUACUUCAUUGAGGAGAUGAAGGCUGCUGGAGCGCGUAGUGCUGUGGAGAACAACCCGUUGGUCUCGCCGGAUGACAAGGCUCUCCCUGUGGCACUGUUGGGUAUGCUCGGCUACAGUGCCGACCUCAACGAAGAGUUUGCAAGAGCACUCGAGCAAUUCGAUGCUGCCAGAUCGGAACUGGAGCGACGCGAGCGUGUGGCUUAUCUGCUGCGCUUCCUUGAGCGCUACGCGCUGACCCACGCGCCGACCAAGGAGCAGGCCAUCGACUCCUUCAUGACGUACCUCGUGGCUGACGCUGAGAAGGCCCAAGCUGCCGCUAUGGCCACCGAGCGCGAGCCAGAAGUGACCAAGGGAGAACAAACGUCCGCCGACCAGCUAGCGUUGACUAUCGCGAGCGAUUGCCUUGCAUCUCUGGUCAAGAUCGCUGGCUGGAGCCCAACGCCGGAUCUCAGUCUCUCCACCACCUUGCAGAGCGGCUUUGGGGAGCUGUAUCUCUCUCGCUGGGACUUGAACGCGCUGCUGGCGGUCGCUUUCGCCCGCCAGCGUGGAGACGAAGACAACGACUUCCAGGAGAGACCGCGGCUCGCAGUCAGUCAAGUCGCGCAGGUGUUGGAGCUGGCAGCUUUAGUUCGCGCGCAGCUGGACGAGAACGCUCAAUCGGGAGAGUCCGACGCUGUGGUCGUUGGUCAAAUCGACGCGCGAUGGCUCUGCAAUGCGUUUAUGCUGCAAAUUCUAGCGCUGCUGCAUUGGCUCGCAGUGAACAGCUCCACCUGCUUCGAGGACAUCUGCCGAUACGCGGUGCUAUUGCGCGCGUUCCUCGCGCCGUUGACACCGAUCUUCUGUGGAGGAAUUAACAGUGAGAGCGACAUUGCACAUGGAGCUAUGGAGCUCUUCCUGAGUCUCGUGGAGAUGGUGGUCAACACGCCUACGCCUGGCGCCGAGACGACGGCCAGCAUCGACGAACUUCUGGUCGAUUUGAUCAAGUUCUUGUACGCGCAGGUGGACAAGGGUCUGCUCAUGGGGGUGCGAGCUCGACUGCUUCUCUGUGUUCUCGUGAUACUGCAGCGCACUGGAGACGCUGGUCGCGCCGCUUGUGUAGCGUACGAGCGCGCGAUGCAGCAGAUUAUGUGGCACAUUCACGCAGCUCCAGCUACGGAACUUCAGGCCCGAUGCAGCUGGGAACUGCUUGGGUCGCUCUCGGAAAUGGACCCAGCCAUCACUGCGUUGUUUAACCUCGACGCCAUCCCCAUUCUUCUUCGUGAAUGUGGCUGUGACCCCAAUGUGCAGCCAUCUUCACCUUCGUGGCGACAGUCUAAGCGCGCGGUGGCGUUCAGACAAGCCGAAGCUCUCAAGUGUCUGUCACGCGCAGCACGUACACACGACGAGGUGCUGCUGAAGAUCGGGGAAGCUCCUGGAAUCGCUGCCGUCCUCUUUGCGGUGGAUAGCGCGGGGACGCAGGCUCACGCAGCGCACUUGAUCGCCAGAAUCGCAGCUCAGGAAGACCUCCGAGCGUCGCUGGUAUCUCCCGAGAACAUCUCGCUGCUGAUUGAGUCACUCGAGUCCGUUCACUUGCCAGUGGUUCUCCAUGCGUUGCAAGCGUUGGCUCACCUCUGUGCCUUCUCGCUGUGUCUGGAUGCUCUGGUACGCAACGCUACCGUCCCCGUGUUGGCUCAGAUCCUCUUUUCUCCGCUAGUUGCUACACCGCGCCGACGGGAGAUCGAGGCCUGUGUGGUUGCUCUUCUAGGCAAAAUGUGCGAUCGCAGCCAGAUCGUGAGCAGGCGAAUUGUGUCGUCGAAUCUGCUACCGAAGCUGCGUGAGUUCCUCGUUGUGGAGAAGCAGCUCAAAUACACGCAGCAGGAGCCUCAACCUGGUGAAUUCGGCGUCCACAACAACGCCGUCUCGAUCAUCUACAGCUUGUCGAAAGACGCGGAGCUCCUGCCCAAGCUCGUGUCGAAUGGAAUCCUCGAGACGUUGUGCGAUCAAGUGCUGGACUACGAUCAGAAUACUACUCAACGUAAGGCUCUGGGCGCAGUUAGUCGCUUGGCCAGCGUUGCAGACAUGGACGCUGCGUUCCUGCAGUUCAUGAUCGCCCAAGUUGUGGAGAGCGUUCGACGCAGUGUUCCUGUCCCUGAGGCUCAUCGCACAGUCACCAACGCUUUAGCGGUGUUUGUCGCCAUCAUCAAGGGAGCGAAGAAUCGCCACAUCCAGCAGCGACAGCAGAGAAGGCCCCAAAGCCAGCAGCAACAGCAGCGGAAUCACGGUGAAGGCCUACGCGUCGCUCUUGAUCUGUUGGGGGCCUCGGAGCUCCGUGUCAAGCUCGAAGCCUUCCGCGUGGUCUCUGAGUUCGUCGAGGACCAUCCGAACUUCGACGAGGUGCGCGAGCUGCUGCUUGGCUCGGAGGAACAGGGCGGGUCUCACGCCUUGUUGAGCCUCGUAAGAGCUUUGUCGGAUGAAGCGCGCUCUGCUACUGCAGCGAUGACGUCUGCGUUGCCCUCAGCACGUUCUCGAGGCAAGAACGAUCUUCUGCUGGUGGUGAUGGUCUUCUUGAACAUGCUCAUCGCCGACGAGACGCUUAAGGUUAAACUUACUCCGACGACUUACGACGUGGUGCUUCAGGUGGUUGUGGCCAUGUCCUCAGCUACGAGUUCUCAGCAGCGAGUGCUCGCAGAAUCCCUCAAGGCUCUCACCACGAUGACUCGGGCGGGGCAAAUGACCGAUCUGUGUCCCGAAGCAGCCCUGGUGAACAGUGUCGAGCCUCUAGUCAAGGUUUUACGUGAACUGGGCGACGCUGAAGGUGGAGCGGGCAAUACGACCAUGCGACUGAACGCUUUGUUCUUGCUGGUGAACUUCGCUUCAUCGGCGCAGUGUCGCGGCCGCAUGGCGCAUCGUGGAGCUCUGGAGGUUCUUCUUGGGAUUAUUCAGUAUCCUGGUGGGGGUGGCUUGAGCCAGGACGAACAGCUCGUGCAGCUUUCGUUACUUGGAGUGGCUUUGAUGACGACGGGUGGGGUCAGUGAUGCCGCUGCGGUCGUUGAGCUGUCCAGGUCGGUGGACACUUUGGUGCGAUUGCUGAGCUCGAAGAGCGCGACAAGUUUGAAGGAUGCCAUUGUGGCGCGUGGCGGCCCUACAGCGCUGCAGGCCGUGCUCAACGAUAGCAUGAGUAUUGAGAGCGCUAUAGCGGCACAGCUGCAACGACCCUCGUCAUCGACCAUGAGGAUACGUGAAUACGCCCCCAAGGCCAUCAAAGCGUUAGGCUUCGCGCCUAUCAUGCCACCGGGUGCACCAUCGAUCCAGUGA